CUUCACCGGUCACAAAGAAGGAGCGUAAGCCGUCCAUAAGCUAUUUUAUAUUCUUGAAAACUAAAUAAAGCUGCCAACUUCCCUAACAAGACAUAGAGGAACUAAAAAGAGGAAGAGGAAGGACAAGGGGAAGAGCUGAUGGAGUUGCUUGGUAAAACGUGUUGUCUUGCUAACGGUGCAAAUGCUGAUCUUCCAGUUCGAUGCACCAGGGAACUACUGCAUCCUUUCUUUACAGACGAUAGUCAUCAGAUAGCCAUGAACUGCAGUGACCCUCCUGCUCUGCCCGAACUCCGGCUGGUCCUCCUGGGCCGAAAAGGUGCUGGAAAGAGUGCGUCCGGAGACACCAUUCUGGGAGAGACCGGAGCGUUUGAAAGCGGGAAACCCACAGAGCAGUGUGAGAAGAGGAGAUCUAAUGUUGCAGAGAGAAGUGUCACGGUGGUGGACAGCCCCGGGUGGGAAUGGUACUACCCACAUAAUGGAACUCCAAGCUGGGUGAAGAGGGAAACGGUGAGGAGUGUGACACUCUGUCCUCCUGGACCUCACGCCGUGCUGCUGGUGAUUCGCUCAUGCGCUUCAGUGACUGAUGCCUACAUAUCAGCGAUAGAGGAGCACCUGGAACCUCUGGGUAAAGACGUUUGGGACCAUAUCAUGCUGCUGUUCACUCGAGGCGAUGAACUUGGCCUCGUAUCGAUGGAGCAAAGGAUCUUGACGAGUGGACCAGCGCUGCAGAAACUUCUCAAGAGGUGCAGCAACAGAUACCAUGCCUUCAACAACCGGAGCAAGGACGCGACCCAGGUGGCUGAGCUGAUGCUGAAGUUGGAGGAGAUGGUGGAGGAGAAGCAUGGGGGUCAUUUAGAGGUGCUGCUGGGCGGCUUAGAGGAAGAUGGCAAGAGCAGAGGCCGAGAACGGAGGAGGAAGCAGAGGCAGAUGGAGGUGCAGAUGCAGAGGGGGACAAUCAAAGCCGCUCUCAUGAGUGAAGGACUCCUGGAGUCUGAAUUAGAUGCCCACAAUUCAUUCUCCAAGUCUCCUCGACGUCUUCCAGAGGUCCGGCUGGUUCUCCUCGGUGAGCGGGAAACUGGGAAGAGUACUGCGGGAAACUACAUUCUUGGAAACAUGGACUUUUUCAAGACUGGAGCUGUGACAGAGGAGUGUGUUCGGAAACAAGCGGUGGUCUCGUCGCGACAAGUGACGGUGGUGGACACUCCAGGCUGGGAGUGUGGAGUGGCUGGGCCCACGCUCGAGAGAGUGAAGCGAGAGAUCGUCAGUAGCGUCGCCUUGUGCCCCCCCGGGCCGCACGCCUUCUUGCUGACUCUGAGGGUGGAUACUCUUGUGCGAGCAGGACAUGUGAGGGAACAUCUGGAGCUGCUGGGUGAAGGCGUGUGGAGACACACCAUGCUGCUUUUCACGCACGAGGAUCAGCUUCGAAAGGGUGUGGAUGUGGAUCAACACAUCCAGGAUGGUGGCAGAGAUGUAAAGCAGCUUCUAGAGAAGUGCCGUGGCAGGUAUCACGUUGUGAGCAGCUCCACUGACGCUACCUGUCUCCUGGAGAAGGUGGAAAAGAUGGCGGUUACAAACAGAUGUGAGGCUUUUUCUGAGCUGGUAGUGGAGAUACAGACUCUGAGUUGCCAAAAAAAUGAGCGGUUCAACCUCCGCAUGAAGGAUGUUAUUGAGAAAAUGAACCGUAAGGAGGUGGAGCUGAAGAGAAUGAGGGAGAAGGAGAUGAAGGGUAUCUUGUGGUUCUUUGACAGGAGGAGGAAGUCGAAGCAUUCUGCAAAAGAUCGAGGCAAAAAGGAAGAGGAUCGAGAGGAAGAUGGAGAGCUGCGACAUGAGAGGAAAAAUGAUCUUAGUGAUCUGGAGGAAAGAAUCCGCUGGCUGACCGAGGACAAAGAGAGAGAAAUCCUAGACCUCAGCAUUGAAAACGAGAGAAUCAGAGCCGCACUGAGCCAGAAGACGCAGGCAAUAGACAAGGCAGCGCACAGCCUCCAGCUCAAAGACAGGCAAAUUGAAGAGCUGACAGAACGAAUCGAUGAGCAGCAACUUAGACUUCAUGAUCUGGAAAAGGCUGGAAAAAGAAUCCAGAAAGCCAAAGAUAGCAUUGUAGAGGCUGAAAUGUUGAAGGAGAUGCACGAGAGAGAGAAUUUGACGUUGAGGAAUCAAGUCAGCGCUCUGAAAGAUGAGAUAGCUGAAGUGAGACGACACUUGGAAGACACUCUUCAAAGAAAAGCAAAUGAAAACAAGAGUCAAAUAUCUGAAAUGGAAUUAAAACUGCUGGAGAAAGAAAAAGAGAAGGAAGAAGGAGUGCAAAAGGCGGUGGAGAGUUUGAGGUUACGACAUGCCCAGCAAUUGGAAGAGAGAGAGAGAGAGAUCAGGCGGAUGAAACAGAAGCAUCAAACUGAAAUGGAGCAACUGGAAAUGGAGAGAGUACAGCGUGAAAAGGAAGUGGAAGAGUUGAAGCAACACUGUGAUACUAUUGAAGAUGUCCAGCGACUGCAUCUGAAUGAAAUCAACGAGAUGCAACAAAAGCAUCAAAAAUAUGUUGCUGCAGUGAAGGCGGAACGUAGAAGUGAAGAGGAAGCAGAGGUAGAAAAAGUGAAGAAGAUUCUGCGAGAUAAUCAAGUCAGCUUUACUAGCUACCGAGAAGAGAAGGAACAUGAAAUUGCUGCCUUAAAACUGCAGCACCAAAGAGAUAGGGCUGAAAUGAAGAGCGACUUGGAAAACCUCAUUCAGGAGGUGAAAAAAGCAGCUGAAGAAAAGGGGAAAAUACAACAACGGCAUCACGAGGAAGAGAUUCAGCAGCUGUCAAAAGAAUUUGAAGGACAACAACGUGAGUCAUUGCAACAGAGUCAAAGCGUCGUCGCAGAGCUGGAGCAGAAGUACAGUGCCCAAACUAGAGUCAUGCAGCAACAGAGUGAACAAGAGAUUCUAAAGCUAAAGGAAGUAUUUUCAGAAGAAUGCAAUAGACUUCUGACACAAAAUGAUCUGGAGAAAGAAGAAUUGGAACAAAAAUAUUCAACCAUAAUAAAUGAGAGGGAGGAAGAAAGACGCAAAGAGAUUCAAGAGCUCAAAGAAAAGAAUCGACAGUCAGAGCAAAGACGAAGAGAAGCUGAAGAUCAGAGAUACAUGCUGUUGGAGGAACAGCAUAAACGAAAGACUCAAGAGCUGGAGGCAAAGUUGGAAGAGGAUUUACAGCAAGGACUGUUGGAGUGGAAAGAUUCAGAGCAAGAAUAUAUGAGGAAAGAACUGGCAGUGCAAAGUCUGGUCGUGAUUUACCAGAAAGAGAUAGAGGAAUUAAAGGGAAGAUUGAAGGAGAGCCAAGACAGAGAGAUAAGCCAUUUCAAUGACACAGAGAAAAUGGAGCAAAGACUGGAGGAAGGGAACGCAGAAAUCAGGUUGAUGAAAUUAGACAUCGAACAAAUGAAGGAGAAACUUCAACAAAGGGAGGCGGAGAUUGUGAAUAAUUUUACUUUCAAGAGAGAAAUGGAGGCAAAGCUGAAGGGCAGAGAAGGAGAAAUGGAGACAAUGGAACACAAACUAGAGGAGAAUAUAGAAAUAACAAAAAGGUUGCAGCUGCACAUCAAUGACAUUGACCAUAUACUGCAGCUCAGUGAGGGUGUGGCUCCGCAGGAAGAGAGAACAUGUGAGUCUGGACAAAGAGAUGAAAGGAGUCUAGUUGGAGAUGAGUCCGGCGAGUCAAGAUGCAGGGAAAAUAAAGACGCUGAGGUGCUUUUGGAGCUCACUGACAGACGGACAAAAGAAAUCUUGCGCAUUAAAUCUGCUCUUGAAGAGAGAGACACACAGAUCAGGGAGGCCAGAAAGACUAGAACCAGUCUGUUGGAAGACAUUUCCAAUCUUAAAGAAAGUAAUAAAAAUCUAUCCUCCAGAGUCUCAGAGAUGCACCAGAGUCAGGAGGUACAGCUUCAGGAGAAUGGAGGGAAGAUGAAAAUGUUGCUGCAGAGAGAGGAAGACCACAAGAAAGAGAUUGUCCAACUCAGGAUGACCAUCGAGCUCACAAAGUCAGAGCUGAUGGAGCUCACCACAAGGAUGGAGACGGAGAUGACCAGCAUGAUUCAGGGUUAUGAGGAGGAAAUAGAGAGAAUUAAAAGAGAGAAUGAAAGAGUGAUCAAAGAGGAGAGAAAUAAGAUUGUGUUGAAACAGGAGGAAUGUUUGAAAAGUGUUCAGGAACUGCAGGAACGGAACAAUAAGAUGAGGAACGAGGCAGAGGAAGUUGAAGCUUGGAAGGUAAGAUAUGAACAGAUGAAAAGGAGAGGAGAAGCGGUGGAAGACUUGGAAUUGAAACUAGAGGAAAUGAAGGAAAGAGAAGAUGGGCGUUUGAAAGUGCUACAAGACAAGGUGACGGCAAGAGAGAAGGAGGCUGAAGGUUUAAAAGUGAAACUGCAAAAAAUGAAGGAGAAGGAUGAAGGUUUGAGAGCACAAAUAGACAAGAUGGUGGAGAGAGAAAAGGAGGUUGUGGAGAAAUUGCAGGAGAAAGAAAAAGAACUUGAGUGUUUAAAGGUGGACAUGGAGAAGAUGAAGGAGAGAGAAGAUGAAGCAUUGAAAGAUCAACUAGAGAAGAUAAAGAUAAGAGAAGAGGAAGUUGAAGGGUUGAAAGCUAAAUUGGAGAGAAUGGAGGAGAGAGAUUUUGAAGUUGAAGAACUAAAAGUGAAACUGGAGGAGAUGAAAGAGAAAGACAGAGAUGUUGAAGACUUAGUGGAGACACUGGGGAAGAUGAGAAAGAGAGUUGAGGAGUUAGAAGGGUUGAAAAUUCAACCAAGUGACAAUAGAGAGGUUGAGGAUCAGUUCCCAGAAUGGAAGAGAGAGGAGCAGAAUCAAGGGGAAAUUCAAGAGAUAGAGGAGCUGCAGAAACAUCAAAAGUGGUAUGGGGAGCUAAAGAUUGCAAACAGUGUGGAACACGAACUUGGUGGUUUACUGAGAACUCUGGAGGUGAAACAACAAGAGCUGACCAGUCAUGGACAAGAUCUUCAGAGGAAGGUCAAGAGUAUUCACGAUCAGGGAAAGGAGCUUAAAGACAAGGAGCGAGAGUUGCUCCAUUGGCAGGCAGAGUUGCAGAAGCAAAGCGUGACUGUGACAGUGACGACGCAGCAGCUGGGUGAGAUGGGCCGAGGACUGGCGCUAAUAAAGGAGCAGCUUCAGACCAAAGAGGAGAAUUUGAAAAAGUUCUUUAAGAAGCUGUUGUCAUGGCAGCAGAAUCUUGAAGGAAGAGAGGCCCUGCUCCACAAGACAGAGAGACAUGUAAGAGCCCAAAGACAAGAAGAUGACUUGGAUAUGCAUGAAGAUGUCAGAGGGGAAGCCGAGAGUGUGGAGUGGAGGGAAAAUGGACAAGAGUCAGAUCAAGUUGAGGGCGUCACAGACGAGAUCGUAAAAGCUCAGUCGGCAGAAGAACGUCAUAAAUGUCAUCCGGAAUAUCUGCAAGAGUUGAAGCAGGGAAUACCAAGAGUUGCAGAAGAAGCAAAAAACUUGGCUUGGCAAAACAAAUCUGAAACCUUCAGCCAGGUUGGAGUUUGGGACAUUUUUAAUUUAGAGGUUCUGUUUUUGAGGGAGCACUGGUCUACUCGCUCCCCAGCAGGUGUCACUCUACUAGGUGGAGAAGCUCCAUCACACACAGGUUCUGGAUUUCGACCCUGGAGGGGUCAGAUAGCUGGUCGCCACCUCACUGUCGUUGAACCGCUUGGUCUAAAGUGGCGGGACGGGCCAGAUCCUCAAAAUACCGAGCAACAGAAGAACGUCCUUGACAGUGUCUCCUGGUGUCGCACUGGUCCCCACGUCGUGCUCUUAUUUAUUCCGACCUUCAUCAACUGCACCAAGAAAUACAGGAGAGCCGUGGAGCAGCAUCUCAGUCUAGUCGGGGAGAUGGUUUGGUCACGCGUCAUAGUGGUAUUCACUUGGGGGGAGACUUUGGGGGAAAGUUCUGAGCAGCACAUCCAGAGGAACGGGGAGCUGCAAGGUCUCCUGAGCAGGUGUGGAGGCAGGUAUCACAUGAUGAGCAGUCGGAAAAACAACUCUGCCAUUGAAGGACUAUUGAAGAAGAUGGAAGAUGUGACCAGGGCGAACACUGAAUCCUUCAGAUGACGUGCUUAAAGUUACAUGGGAUUCAUUGACAAAUUAAAAACAGCUUGACAGAAACAUCAAUUGCCUUGCUGCUUUUAUUAUUAUGCGAAUCUAUCUAUCUAUCUCUAUCUAUCUGUCUAUGUUAUUAUUGUUAUUAUUAUCAGUUGAAGUUCUUCAUCUCUCCAGCAGAUAGCGCCCAUGUGUCGGAGAAGGCCGCGAACCCGACGCUUUUGAGACGCUGACAGAUGACGGGGAGAGUGAAGCCCAAAUAAUUGUCUUUACUCAUGUUUACUAUUUUCUGUGUAAAUGACUUAUUUGAAGAAGGAGAACGCACAAAAGAUAACCAGCAGGCCUGAGUGGAGGCAUUUGAAGCGAGAGCCAAAGCGUCUCGCAAUUAUAACCGCAGGGAGCCUCCGGCGCGCGCCGUUUUGACAAGUAAAUGAUGACUCUUGAUGAGAGAAGUGGGCUUUCUCGAAACACGACUCUUGACAGGCUGUAACACGCGAGUGGAUGCAUACAACAAGGCUCCAUCAGCCACCGGGCCAAACGCAGCAUCCAAACAUGGCAAUCAUCAGGCUAAUAAUUAUGGAGAGAGGGGCCAACAUGGCUGCUGUGCUCUCUGUACUCUCUUCAAACGAAAAAAAUAAAAAAUAAAAAUGGGCCCUUCAUGGCUGCUGUCACACACUGACAUUAUAGCCAAAUAUGGACACACUAUACAUACAUAUAUAUCAAUAAAAACAUUAAACAUGCACCUUACUAAAGUCAUACUUGCAUUUUUGGGGGUUGUAAAA